AUGGUUAGCAUCGAAAAAUGGAUAACUAGCAGAGCACAGGUAAAAGCUCCUGCCACAAAUCAAAAUAACAACUCAGGAGACCUGUCUUCUAUGUUCCUGCUCAGGGGGAGGUGGCGAUAUGGGCAGCAGCAGCAGCGCCUAGGUAACAAAGACCUGUUGAUGGUUUCGGGAGGCUAUAUUCAUCUCAUCUGUGUCGCUUUGUCCUCUCCCUUAUCAGUAGGGAACGCAGUUGGAAAACAGAUAGAGCAGCCAAAAGCCUAUCAUCAGCUGGGGGGGUGUCCAUCCAACCAGAGCCCCCUGAUGGCACACAAAGCUGAUGCUUUCCAUUUACCAAUCUACUUCCCUAAUUGUUGGAGAGGAGCACCCUGGGUCAGGGACCUCACCUCCGUCCGCAACUUCCUCAUCUACGUCGCGCUGCUGCGGAUCACUCCUUUCAUCCUGAAGAAGCUGGACAGUAUAUGA